GGGGCGCCCCCUGGCGUUUGAAAAGUGAGAGUUUUUAGUGGAAUAAACCGCAAGCGGCGCGGUCAGCUUCCAACAGUCGUUUCUGGCGCUUCGAAGCUGUCGGACGUGCUUAGUCUUCUAUUAACCAAAAAUAAAUUCAAUAACGAAAUGAAUUUGUCAAUUUGUAUGCUAAUCUUGGCAAUCGUUUGCCUGGCAGCGACUUCAGCUGCGCCGCAGCAGAGGCAGCGCAACGAGAAGCAGGUACAGGAGGGAUUGCCUGCCAAUGGUGCCACCAUCAUCGAGGAGGUUGUAUUGGAAUCUAAUCUGCAUAUUAAGCCUAAAGCGCGUCAGAAUGUGAGACGUGUGCGUUCCGCACUGGAGACAACUCUGAAUGGCGCCUACGCGGCGCACAAGCGCGUGAAGCGUCAACGGAAAGUAAAUGCUGGCACCCAAGCCGGCGCUGGACGCACCCAAUCCGGCGUUAACGUUGGUGUCGGACCCAAUGGCGGCACUGCCGACGCCCAUGUAAACCUGAAGCCACUGGGUCCUUUGGGUUCCGAUGGCUACAGACAGGAGCAGACUGCCUCCAAUGGUGCCGCAAGUGGUACUUUUAACGGCGGCUCUUCAGCGGCCAUUGGCCAAGCUCAGGGUUUCCAGUCACAAGGUGCUAACGGCUCCUUUGGUGGCACCUCCGCCAGUACAGCCACCCAGUCGCAGAAUCCCUUCGGCAACAGCAAUUCGGCGGGCGCUUCACACAGUCUAGGUUUUAUCCUUCCCGAUGGUCAACAAAUCAAUUUUGCCUCCACAAAUAGUUUUGCCAAUAAUGGACUAAAUUCUGGCGCCAGCCGAGGCGGAGCCGUGUCUGUGAGUGGUUAAAAGAAUUUAAGUGUAUCAUAUAUUUUGUGAUUCAAAAACAUUCUAACAUUCAAAAAUCCGUUUAAGCAAUUAUUUUGGAAUGACACUUGAAAUUAUUUAUAAAAUCGAAGUCACUGAAAAUAUACCAAGAAAUAUCAGUUUUGCCAGCACUAACAAGCCACUUUGUACUCCGAAAUAUAUCGAUAAGCUGUCAUUUUGAUAAAAA